CCGGCCCGGCCCAUUUAAUUGGGAACGGUGAAACAACAGAGAAAACACACGCGAUAAGGGAUUUCUAGGGUUUUAGAGGGUUAACGUUUCACAAAGCUUUCUCCGAUACCUGUCGAUUACCUGUGUUACCGGUGAAUGAUCGGAGAUCUACUGCCGGAAAAUGUCAGGAGCAGCUCAGGCCUUCAGCGGCAAUCUUAAGAAAGCAGUAGCUGGUAUAAGACGUAUCAAUUUGGAAGGACUGAGAUGGAGAGUUUUUGAUGCCAAGGGCCAGGUCCUAGGGAGAUUAGCAUCACAAAUAUCUACAGUGGUUCAAGGAAAAGAUAAGCCUACAUAUGCACCUAAUCGUGAUGAUGGUGAUAUGUGCAUUGUGCUUAAUGCUAAAGAUAUAUGUGUCACUGGUAGAAAGCUCACUAAUAAGUUUUACCGAUGGCACACGGGGUAUAUUGGACAUCUAAAGGAAAGGAGCUUGAAGGACCAGAUGGCUAAGGAUCCGACAGAAGUCAUCAGGAAAGCUGUUCUACGUAUGCUCCCAAGAAAUAAACUGCGUGACGACAGAGAUCGAAAACUGAGAAUAUUUCCAGGCGGUGAGCACCCAUUCGGUGAUAAGCUGCUUGAGCCAUAUGUGAUGCCACCUAGACAAGUUCGUGAAAUGCGUCCACGUGCAAAACGGGCCAUGAUUCGGGCCCAAAAGAAAGCUGAGCAACAAGAAGGUGGUAAAAUUUCAAGCAAAGGCAAGAAAAGAGAUGAACAAACAGUGUUGACAUCCUGAAUUUCUUGACCAGUCAAUGGUUGCUAUGGAAGUCAAACUUAAAAAUGUGAACCCUAGUCUGAUCUUGGUUAUAUUGUAGACAUCACAAUUUGAAAUUCGCAGGCCUUUUCUUUUUGUUAAGAUGCGGUUAAUUCAAACAGUCCCGUCAUCGUUUUCAUGCUGUGUUACCAGUUUCUCAAUAAACCUUUUCCUGAGUUUUCUUCAA